AUGGGAAAGGAGUCCAACAGGCUGCUGCUUGGUGCAACUUCAGCAGUAUUAUUGCUUCUUAUCUUCUUCCUUUAUGCUGCUUUUUUCACAUCAGAUGUUACCCCAUUUGAUUCAUGGAAGCACAAGCUAUCAAAUUGGAAUGGUAGUCUCAGCAGCAGAAAGGUCAACAAAGGUGUAGAAGUUGCAGAGCCUCUUCUAAGAAGAUUAGUAAGAGGAGAAAAUCAAAUUCAGCUUAAAACCACUGGAUUUUCAUGCUAUUCUGAGCUUCACUCUGAAGUUUGUGUCACAAACAAACCACUAGUCAUAGUCGAUAACAAAGCAUUAACUGCUUACCUACAGUCCUCUAACGUCCAAGUUAAACACAUGGUUCGGCCAUAUCCAAGGAAAGAGGAUGAGACGGCAAUGAAACAAGUCUCGCCGGUGCAAAUACUUUUAGGAAAUGCUACCUCACCUACCUGUGAUUUUAACCAUGAUGUCCCAGCUGUGGUCUUCUCCUCCGGCGGCUUCACAGGAAACCUAUUUCAUGAGUUCAACGAGCUCAUCAUCCCCUUAUUCAUCACCUGCCACCACUUCCGAUCUCACCUACAAUUUGUCAUCAUUGAUUUUAAGCCUUGGUGGGUCAAAAAAUACAGUCACAUUCUAACCCACUUGUCUCGUUUCAAGGUCAUAAAUCCUGCAAAAGAUGGAGCUAUUCAUUGCUUUCUUGGGGCUAUAAUAGGGCUCAAAUACCACGACAAUCUCGCCUUAAAUUCUACAGAUAUACCUAAAGGAUACUCCAUGUUUGACUUCAAGCAGUUCCUCAGAGAAUCAUAUAACUUGAAGAUAGAGAAUGUUCUAGACAUAAAAAAACCAGUGUUUGUUCUUAUAUCUCGUCGCAAAACAAGGAUGUUUCUAAAUGAAGAUGAAAUGGUGGGCGUGAUGGAGGAACUGGGUUUUCGAGUAGUUGUGGCAACGGCUAAUCAAAUGUCGAAUUUGGACAAGUUUUCCGCAGUGAUCAACUCGUGCAAUGUCCUGGUCGGAGCCCAUGGCACCGGCCUUACAAACGCUUUGUUCUUGCCUGCCGGGGCAGUGGUGGUGCAAGUGGUGCCAUUGGGACUAGAUUGGGCAUCAACAAAUUACUAUGGCGGAGCGGUAGCUGAGAUGGGGUUGCAUUAUGUGGAAUAUAAGAUUGAGCCAGAGGAGAGUUCUCUUUUAGACAAGUAUGGUCCUCAUGACCCAGUCAUUGCUGAUCCCAUGUCUAUAUUCUUGCAGGGCUACAAUGCUGCAAGAGCUGUGUAUGUUGACGGGCAGAACAUAAAGAUAAACUUGGUGAGGCUUAGGGAGACCCUUAUGAAGGCAAAGAAAUUUCUUGGUCACUAA